UCCUCUUCUCCUCUUCUGAGUGAGCAAGUACAUCUGAAAACAUCUCCCACUCGCAGUGAAGCCAUCUGCAUUGCUACUGCCUCUGACUGUAGAUCGCAUCUCCAGUCCACUGAAAAGUCCCUCAAGGAAAUGGAUUCAAAGAAGAAAGUGGGUUACAAGUGUCGCAUAGCUACAGUUCUCCUCCUCCUCCUCCUAGCGAGUGUCGCCGCGCUUAUAGCUGUCACCGUCAUCCAGGGCAACUGGAGGUUCACACAGUAUACCUUAGAGUACGGCAUAGUGAUUGACUCGGGAUCAUCUCGGUCCAACAUCUAUCUGUAUGAGUGGCCAGGUGAGAAGGAGAACGAAACAGGAGUGGUGACAGAGAAACUGAACUGUAAAGUUUCUGGUGGUCCAAUCUCUGAAUUGAAAAUUGAUCCAAAGAAAGACGCACAGACAUGGCAGAGCUUCAAAGAUUGCAUGAAAAAAGUCUCUGAUGCCAUCCCUGUUAAAAAGCACAAAACCACGCCGCUUUUCUUGGGGGCUACUGCUGGAAUGAGACUCUUACAAGAGAAGGACAUGCAGCGGGCUAAUGAAGUCAUGGACAGUCUGAAAGAAUAUCUGCAAUCUCUGCCCUUUGCCUUCCAAAAUGCAUCUGUCAUUACUGGUCAGGAGGAAGGACUAUACGGGUGGAUUACUGUCAACUAUUUGUUGGGAAAUUUUCUUGAGAAAAGCAUAUGGAGCACCUAUAUUCGUCCAAAGACAUCAAAGACAGUGGGUUCAAUGGAUCUUGGUGGGGCAUCAACACAAAUCGCCUUUGCGGUUAACGAUGAGCUCAAGGGGGCCGAUUACAUGCACAUCAAGCUGUACGGCUACCCUUACAAUGUCUACACCCACAGUUUUCUCUGCUAUGGCAAGAAUGAAGCUGAGAAGAUGCUUCUGGAUAAAGUGGUUCAGGAAUCAUCAGACCCCAUUUAUGUUGUCAACCCCUGCUAUCCCAUUGGCUUCAACAUCACCCUUCAGGCCACCGACAUUUAUGACACAGAAUGCACAAAGAAACCAAAGAAUUACUCUCUGGAUAAACAAUACUUCAUGGUGGGAUCUGGCGACUCAGACCAAUGUCGGAGAAUAACAAAAUCCAUAUUUGAUUUCACCACUUGUUCCUCGGCUCACUGUUCCUUCAAUGGCGUGGAGCAGCCGCCAGUCACUGGUGAAUUCAUGGCAUAUGCAGGCUAUUUCUUUGUCGCCAGAGCUUUGUUGAUGACGGAAGAUACCGACACCAUCAGACCAACAGAGUAUGAUGAGUUCAAAACAUCACUCACUCAAUUUUGUAACACACCUUGGAGCGAGCUGAGGAUGGAAAAGGCGUGGGUGUCAGACAAAUACCUCCGCACCUAUUGCUUUGCAACUCAUUACUUGUUCACGUUGUUGACCAACGGUUACAAAUUUGACGCAAACACGUGGAAAGACAUUCACUUUCAAAGACAGGUGGGGAACACCAGUGUCGGUUGGAGUUUGGGCUACAUGCUUAGUAGCUCCAAUAUGAUCCCGUCUGAGGCGAAUGAAGUCCUCCCAUUGACUGAUCCUGUCUUUGCCGGUCUUAUCUUUCUAUUUUCAGCUCUGACCAUUAUUAGCGUCAUCUUGAUUUUCAUCAUUCUUGUUCGCACAUGCUAUUAAAUUAAGUCCAGUCAUGUCUUAAUUUGUUGUAAAUAUUUGUGUGGAAAGCCAUUAGUCAUCUGAAAAUGAAAUUUAAAAGGGAAUCUAAUGCCAGAGUUUUCUUUUCAUCAAUACUUUCUACAUACACCCAGUCGUACAGUAUAUAUAUAUAUAUAUAUAUAUAUAUAUAUAUAUAUAUAUAUAUAUAGUUGUAUUGUGUAUAAGGGCAAUAUAAACCCAAAAUGGUUGCCCACUGAAAUGGUUGAAAAUUGUCAAUACUUCUUAGUCUACAGAAAUAACAGAUCAAUGAAAAUAAAAUUGUAGGGUUUAAUUCCCCUUUAAUAUUAAGAACCACAAGAUUGUUUAUCAGGGAAUAUUAAGGGUCAAACUAGAAAGACAAGUAAAGUAGCAUUAGUACUGUGAGAAUAAAGUCAGGCAACUUGAAAUUCGGAGAAUAAAGUGGAAAUAAUACAAGAUCCAUUUUAUGGGAGAAUAAAAGGAAAAUAUUACCAUGAAAAAGUUACAAGAAUAAGAUGCUUCUUGUUUUUUCCCAGCAGUAUUAAGCCAAGUUGAUGUGUACAGUAUUAAAGUUUUUAGUUUUCAUUAGUGAAUGCCUGCAAUACUGAGGGGAAAAAAAUCCUUUAAAGUCCCAGCAACGUGAGAAUUAAUGCAGCUUUUAAAAUAUGUAUACAUGUAGCACCGUGAACACUGCUGUGAACCACACUAGCAAAUUUAAAUGAUCCCCCCCAAAAAAAUCACGAGGAAUAUAAAACGUGGCGUCACAAUGUUGUCUCCACGAUUAAAACACUGAAUGCUCUGAAACCUCGCCCCGCUCAGCUGUCUAUCAAACCCUACACAUCCGUCUAAUGUUUAUACAUUGCUACAUGAAAAUAUACCCAUUGAAACUCUCUAAGGCUGGAAUAUAUCCCACCUGGAUGUCCCGGGGCUUUCUAUGCACCGAGAAGCGGCGCUAGCUUGAAAGCUACCGGGCUUCCACCAGCCUGCUCGUACUCGUUAUGUACUCACUUGACGUUGUGUCAUGUGUACAUCUAUAGAAUAGUGACACUUCUGGGAAAGUCAACAACUAAACAUGCCACCCCCCCAAAAAAAAAACAAAAAAAAACUGAAAUGGUGAAAAACACCUUCAAACCCAAUCGCCACAGUUGAGCGCUUCAUAUACUUCUCAGUAAUUGCACGUUUUCAGCAAGUAUUUUCAAACAUGUAUCAUGUACAGGUAUUUACAAACCCUGAAUUCACUAUACUGUGUUCUUUCUUUAUUCUAAUAGUUUUGUUUGACAGUUAUCCUGUUGGAAAAAAAUGUGUGUGAUCAAUAGUUGCUUUGGCCUGAUUAUGUGUCAUAACAUUUAUGAACUUAAUCGUAUAAAUCUAUUAGUGUUAUUGUGUGGAUGUAAACACAUUUGUGCAUCUUAAAGCCUAGCAUGCGUACACGGCCAUUGUAAUGGUAAUAGUGACUAAACAAUUAUCUUUGUGUUUUGUUUGUUUCUCGCCAGUAAAAUUGUAGUUGUGUAUUCACAGCACUGGAUUUAGAAGCACACACAAAAAAAUCUUUCUUGUAUUAAAGUAUGUAUUGAAUACACCCCGCUAAUUUGUAGUCUCACUUGGUUGUAACUCUCAAAACGAGUAUCCAUCAGUUUUUUUUUAUUUAUUUUUAUUAUUAUUUUUUCAUCUCAGGGACUAAGAAAGCUAAAAAAAAUCAUAAUGUUAUUGAUUAUGUUCUUUUUUUCAAAAAGAGACAACCCCACUUUUUAUGAAUGUUUUUCUCCUAUGAUGUGCACAGAAUUGACUACAAUUGCACUAAUAAUAAUAAAAAACAAUAGCACUUUUGAUGUUGCUUGAUUUAGAUGAUCUUGUACUAUGUGUGAACUCAUUUACAAAUUAUUUUCAAACUAUUUACCAAAUGAAAAUCAAAAUGAAUGAACAAUAAACUAACACUGAUGUAAUAUAGUG